AUGGCCAAACCAUUAGUCGACUGGUUUGUGCCUACUCCUGAGGGUCAAAGAGCGUUCAAGCAAGUAGGAAUCAAUCUGUUCCUCUGCAUUGCAUCACUGCUGGUGCCUGGUUUGCUGCUUUAUUCCUCACUCUAUGCGCUUGCUAAGCGCAAGACCAGGAGCUUCGAGAUUCUGAGCCUGUUGGCGAGUAUUGGAUUCAUUGCGAGUAGUUGCUUGAUGGUGUUGGAGUGCAAUAUGAUCCGGAGCCUGCAGCUUUUUGCCGUUGCGAUUGGAGUGAUGAAGGCGCUAGAUCUAUUCGCCCGUCGUCAUAACCCGCCGCAGUAUGCGCAUGAUCCAAUGCCAUCACACGGCUUGCUUGCUCUCCUCUACCUGACAGAAUUGCGGUACGAAUCUUUUACACCAAACACCACACGGCUCGGCCCCGCCCCAGCACCCAGUCUCUCAAAAGGGAAGAGUGAAAAUAGCUAUCGCAAUGGUCGGGGAAGUCCCAAGUCGAAGCAAUGGAAACCUCACUUUACCGAACAGGGCAAUCUCGUACUCCACGCCAUACUUUUUGCCAUUCUACAAACGUUCUUUCCACAAUCGAACCCUACAGUGGUUGCUUUGGAAGUUCUACUCGCCAUAUAUGUACUUUGGGAGAGCCUUCAGCUUCUACUCCGUUACCGCACCAGCCCUCCGUUGUUUGGACCUCUUUACACGGCAACUUCCUUGAGCACGUUCUGGAGUGAAACAUGGCACAGUGCUUUUGCCAGUCCCUGCCGCUCGCUCGCAUAUGAGCCGAUACGGUAUACUCUACCCGAACGAUACGGCGUGCCAGUGUCCAUAGCCAGGGCUCUUGGCGUGGUUGCGUCGUUUGGGCUGAUGGGGUUUUUCCACGUGUAUGGCCUGAAGCCUCUAUUACCCUUCGAUGCUCUCGCCCGGAUCUACGCUUUCUUUAUUCUGAAUGGUGUUGGGGCUGUUAUUGAGGAUGCGAUCUGGGGCAGGGAGACGCAUUGGGGGAAGACUAUUCUUGCCUGGGUGUUUGAGUUAGCUAUUGCCAGUUGGACUGUUGAGGGGCUGUCAGUCCCACGUGGUUUAAAGAACAUUCAAUGGACUACUAUUUGUGACGUUGGGGAAGUAUGA